CUAGCGGGAUUUGUCACCAGUCAGCAUCAUUCCGCUGUCUUCACAGGGGAGCGCAGAUACAGCAGGGACAGUUCAUGCAGAAUGAGUGUUUGACAUCUGAAUGUCUACUUUCCGAGGCAGUUGGACUUAAAUUGGACUGAAGAACAACACUGAAGUAGCAACAAAACGCUUGCGCGACCUCCAAGCCUUCCACACGGAGGGAUACAUGAAGCCCUAACUGCAUCAUGAAGCACAUGUCCAUCUCAAAAUGGCUAAGUCAGCUGGGUCUACCUCAAUACUGCAUUCUAUUUGAUGAAGAAUAUGACGGAGUGGAGGUAAAAUCAGCACACACUGACUUGCUGCACCUCACAGAGAUGGAUCUGUUGGGUUUGGGGGUCCAAAGUCGUCUUCAUCGAAUCCAUAUUCUCUCUAGUAUCCAAGUCCUGCGAGAACGUGAAACAAAACGAGAGCUGAGGAUGAUGGCGGAAGGGAGGUUUUCCAGUUUGCCCAGAAAUAUGCACGUUGGACGUCAGUGUCCGCUUGCAUCCUCCAUGGAUCUGCUGAGCUCACGGCCGGAGCUCUCCGAGAUGCCAGUCAGUGGAUACCAAGGCAUCUCCAUCCACGGCACACUGCCUCGCAAGAAGAAGACCACCACUGGUUCCCCUGUAAAGCAAUGGGAGGUGAAUGGAAAUGUAGGAUCUUUAGCAGCGCCAUACCCAGGCCGACAUCGCCUGCCACCGUCACCGCUGAUACACAACAUCAUCGAAGAACACCAGACUUUCUGCUCAGACCGGAAACAAUCAAGGAACAGCGCAGGAAUGGACCCUACGAUGGAGUACGUCAAGUUCUCAAGAGACAAGUACAUCUUGGAUGGACCGCCGGAGAAACUUCGGAGGGAGUUGGAGGAAGAACUGAAACUAAGCAGUGAGGAACCGAGGAGCCAUGCCUGGUAUCACGGAGCCAUUCCUAGACAGGUGGCUGAAAACCUGGUCCAGCGAGAUGGAGAUUUUCUGAUCCGGGACUCUCUGUCCAGCCCUGGCAACUACGUUCUGACCUGUCAGUGGAAGAACAGCCCUCAACACUUCAAAAUCAACAAGCGGGUCGUAGCCAUGAACGAGGCCUACUCACGGGUUCAGUACCUGUUUGAGAAGGAGGGAUUCGAUAGCAUCCCCGCACUGGUGCGAUAUUACGUGGGCAACCGUGAGCCGGUCUCUGAGGUCAUCGGAGCGAUUAUCUUCCAGCCGAUCAACAGAGCUCUGCCUCUGAGGUGCCUGGAGGAGAAAUAUGGAGUGGGAUCUAUACGUGUAGAGGCAGGAUAUCUGGAGAGAAAGAGCCUGACGUCCAAACGGCUGAGUCUGAAUAUCAUGAAUGGACACGGUCAGGAUCACACCCUCAGCCGUGGAAACCUCCUCAGCAACAAGGAUAAAUGUGGAAGUCAACCAGCAUGUCUAAACCACGUUCAGGAGAGGAGACGGCCGCUGAAGACCCAUCAGUCGGAGAGCUUCCUCCCUAUCGGCUCCAGGCCGCAGGCUCAGGUUCAGCAUAUGGAGCACCAGCCGUGCCCCAAAUCUCCGGUUUUUCGAACGGGAAGCGAGCCAGCACUGAGUCCCACAGUGCCACGCAGAAUGGCCUUUGACACUCUGCCUGGUGAGGCCAUCCGCGGCUCUGACAGCCAGCUGUGUCCCAAACCACCCCCUAAACCCAGCAAGGUCCCCACAGUAAGAGUACCGUGCAUCCCAGCCCUGAAAACCCUUGUCGUCCCACCUGUCCCUCCAGUCAAGCCCCACAAGCACAGACCUUCACUCCAGCAGCAGCAGUCAGGCAGUCCAGAAAUGAGCUACUGUGAACUGAGUCCAUGCAGCCCUGCUGACUGGGAAAAGAUGAACAGCUUACAGGCUAAUGGAUAUGUGGAGAGGCUAAAGACAGACGGCAGCAUUAAACUAGACCGCAGCUCCUACCACAACGCCAUUGAGGCCUUAGACAACGACAGCGAGGAAGACACCGAAGAGGAUGCGGAUAAAGAACAGAACGGCAAGAAAGCUUUCCAAAAACCUGUGUUUGAAACUGAAUCAGCGUUCAGACCUGCAAAUGUCAACUUCAGGCUGCUGCCUAAGGAGAACAAGCCUCUGGAGAUGACGGUGCUGAAGAAAGCCAAAGAACUGCUGGUCAGUCAGGAUCCAAAGACCAUCGCCAAACACAUCCUGCAAGCAGACUGUCAGGUUGCCAGGAUACUGAAUGUUUCUGAGGAGGUGAAAGGUCAGAUGGGUGUGAGCUCCGGGCUGGAGCUGGUGACCCUUCCUCAUGGACGACAGCUGAGGCUGGACCUCAUAGAGAGGCAUAACACUAUGGCGAUCGGAGUGGCUGUGGACAUCCUGGGGUGUACAGGAAGUCUGGAGGAGCGAGCAGCCACACUAAACCGGAUCAUUCUGGUGGCUCUGGAGCUCAAAGACUCCAUGGGGGAUCUUUAUGCCUUUUCCUCCAUAAUGAAAGCACUGGACAUGCCUCAGAUUACCAGACUGGAUCACACAUGGACUAGCUUGCGGAGGAAAUAUACACAGACUGCCAUCAUUUAUGAGAAAUCUUUAAAACCGUUCUACAAAGGACUCUAUGAAGGAGGUGCUGAAAUCCCGCUGAGCAAUGCCAGUGUUCCUCUGCUGAUGCCGCUGCUCACCUUGAUGGAGAGGCCUGCAGUCACCUUCGAGGGUAUGGACGUCUGGGAGAACACCGAUCAAGGCUGUGAAAUCAUGUUUCGGCACCUGGAAGGAGCUCGAGCGGUUGCACGCAAUGCAGACACCUACACCUGCAAUGCACAGCGGAUCCUCCAGGACUUCCAACCCCAUGAAGACAUGCUGGAGAUCUUGAGGACAGAUUUCCAGCUGCGUUUGCUCUGGGGGAGCAGAGGAGCUGCAGUGGAGCAGACUGAGAGAUACGACAAAUUCAAGCUCAUCCUCACGGCCCUGUCUAGAAAACUAGAGCCUGCAGUCAAACACACAGAACUCUGAACAACGACACUUUAUAUAUAUAUAUAUAUAUAUAUAUAUAUAUAUAUAUAUAUAUAUAUAUAUAUAUAUGCAUUAGACUCUGAGCAAGCUGAAACUGUCCAAAGCGCUCUGUAGAGACUAAAAAGCUCAUCUGCACCUGAAAAAGACGGUCCCUGACAGAUUACAAGCUUCAAAAGCUCAUGAUCAGAUUGCAAGUCGGAAGCCAUUCAUGAAUCAUGAGUUCAAAUGGCACUUGUUGAUGGACUUUCUUCUAUAUGCACAUUCCAGAGGUGUGUGCUCCACCACGCUUUUGUCUGAUGGAAUGGGCAGGUACCAGUUUAGCCUUCAAGAAAAGAAGGAAGAGGACCUAGAAUAUAUCUGAUGACCCGUACAUCAUCAAGCCCAAUAAAAUUCAGGUAAAGUUGGAGGCUGAGAGGUGUAUGUAACACUUGAAAUGACGUGAUGGUCCACACCUUCAAGACGAAUGUUCUUAGCGCUAUGAAGGAACGGGAGGAAGUUUGUAAACUUUUAGAAAUGUCAUUGGUCGAACAGUGUUGAUCUGUUUAAAAAUGGAAAGCGAUGUACAUAUUCAUCACUAGUGUACGCACGUGAAGGCUAGUUUGUAUAAUAUAUUGUAUUAAGUAUUAUUGAUUUGUAAAUAGUCACUCAUAAAUAUUCGGAAAUAAAAUAUGGAAUAAAUCUCUAAUAAAAGGUUUUUUUAAAUCAU